GCAAGAAGGAAGAAGACGAAGACGAAGAAGAAGAAAGUGCGUGCAUUGUCAGCAACGCCAACCAACAGACACCACCGCUAUCUUCCCAUCACACGCACACACACACAAGCAACACACGUGCAGUGGGCAUGUUCCGGCGGAACAGGAGACGGCAAGGGAGCGGCAGCUCGGGCCCCGGUGGGAAAGCAGGCGGUAAUGGCGGCAACGGUGGUACGUCGAGGCUGCUGAUGAAGGCAAACCUGCGUGGCCCAUCUGCGCUUGAUCGCAACCGUGCGCCGGCAUCGGAGACGCUGGCCAUCCGCCGCGGUGGACUUGCGGCCGCAGCCAAGACAGCAGAGGUGUCGGCGGAGCGGCCCAAGUUUGAGCUGCCGCCAGAUGACCCGAGCCACCCCUACGACGCCAUGACGCUGGUCAAGGGAUCCAUGGGCGCAGCCCAGUGCCACAUCCUUUCCUUCGUCGGCACCACCGCCAGCGCCAACCUGCACCGGCUGCCGCGGCCGCUGCAGUUCUGGAAGCAGCUGCCCGAGGAGCUGUUUGAGGAGCGCGACGUGCACGAGGGCGAGGGCAGUGAGUUUGGCUCGCGGCAGAGGGAGCAGGCCCGCCGCCGCCGAUACGAGCGUCGGCUCCAGAACCACCCAGAGCUCAGGGAGGCUGCGCAGCUGUGCUUUGAGGACGGCGAGUCAAAGGAGUACGUCAGCACACGGCGCUCCAGCAAGUCGUCUGGGUACCGCUACUUCUUCGUCAUGCCCGGGGCGGAGGAGGGCGUGUUCCAGGCGGUGCCGGCCGACAACUACUACGAGGUGCGCGCCAAGCCGAAGAUGACAACGUUCACGGAGGAGGAGGCCGAGGAGCUCAUGACGAAGAAGAGCAUGACCGUCACCAAACUGGAGCGGAAGCUGGAGGACAAGCGCCAGCAGGAGAUCUUUGAGCGGCGGCAGCUGCGCGAGCGCAUGAAGCUCGUCGAUAACCCCGAUGAGGACGAGCCCGCAUAUGACGACGAGGAGUCGCGUGAUCUCGCGCGUCUUGGCCGCAGGCAGCGCCGCACCAACGACGUGAGCCUGGUCAAGUCCAUUGAGCAGGACGGCGAGGACGACAUUGACAACGUCGAGGACGGGUUUGAGCCGCCAGCAGAGGACCAGGUCUACGCCAUCCCAGACCAGUCAGACCGGGUGGGGAUGGUGCAAGACAGCACGCUUGAGAGCGGGGAGCAGCGGCUGGAGAUGCAGCGCUACUUUGGCGAAAAGGAGGAAGAGGAUGAGGACGAGGACGGUGAGCCCGUUGACGAAGACAACGACGAUGUGAAGGAGCAGCAGCAGGAGCGCGAACACGAGCUCAAGGUGUUGCACGGCAUUGAGGAAGAGAAGGAGCAGCGCGAUGAUGAAGAGGAGGAGGAGGAAGGAGGAGGAGAGGGAGAGGAAGACGACGACGAUGUGCCUUCAGACUUUGACCCUGAUGAAGAGCCGGAUGACUUGGAGAUGGAGGACGAGGAGGAUACGUCCGCGCAAAAGCCUGCAUCACAGCGCGGCCGGAAGAAGAAAGGACAAACAGGUGCACAAGAGUCAAAGCGCAAAACAAGGGGCCGGCCGCCAUCGUCGAAGCGAGCGAAACGCGGAUAGGGAUCUUCAUGCUGUUGUCAUUGCUGCUGCUGUUGAUGAUGAGGGUUGAUAGUGCAUACCUUUGUCUUGUUUGUCCAAUAACCUGCCAUAGCACACACAUUCCCUUUCCGUACUCUCCCCUCAUUAUGGCAUGUGUGCAAAAGAGUGGUUCAGUUCCGUUACUUUAUCAGUCACACACACACACACACACACACACACACACAAGCAGAAGAAGCAAAGCAGGUUGGAGUAGACAACCACGUUCCCAAUCACACAGGCGGCAAACGCCAGACAUAACGGCGAAACAAAGUUCACACGCGCGUUCGCCGCAGGAAUGGCAGUGCAGCCUGUGCGGUACAUGACGCGCAAUGGUGUGACGGAUCGCAACACUACAGCACAAGAUACAAGAGAAUCGCAAGACACGGCAAAACAAGAAAUAGCAACGCACG